AUGGAUGAGACUCCCAUGCCGAUCCUCUCCAGAAAAUCCUUCAGCCAGCUUCCAGUGUGGGAUUUUGAGGAUGUUUAUAACCAGGACGCGCCACUCAGACCUACUACGUGUGCAGAGUCUCUGCGAAACUCUGAGGAUGAGAGCUUCAGGAAGGCUUUUCUUCCCAACAUACGCCUGUUUCUUCAUAAAGACAAUAUCAACCUGACCGAGUGGAACCGGCUUUCACAUUUCAACAACCCCUUUGGUUUCAUGGAGUAUAAGUAUGCUGAUGUGAUGGCUUCAGUGAAGUUGAUCCCAAAGCCCAAAGAGCCACUAUUGCUUCCAAAGCCUGGCGGUGAUGGAUGUGUGCACUGUGCUGUGGUGGGCACUGCAGGGAUCCUAAAUGGCUCGAGAAUGGGGAAAGAAAUUGACGCCCAUGAUUAUGUUUUCCGGAUGAACAGUGCAGUCAUCAAAGGAUACGAAGAAGACGUUGGAAACAGAACAUCUGUGUACGUUCACACGGCUCACUCCAUCAAUACGUCAACGUAUUUAUUCAAGAAGUAUGGAUACACAUCUGUCCCUAAUGAUGAGGGUAUAAAAUAUGUGAUGAUUGCUGAGGGGAUGAGGGAUUUCAACUGGCUCGAGGGUCUUCUCAAAGGAGAAAGAGGAGCUGGCCCAUAUCACAACAAAUGGCCAAGGACGUACUAUCGCGGGCAGUACAAUGAGAGUCGAUUCUACGUCCUGCACCAGGAUUUCCUCAGAUACGUGCGGAACAGGUUCUUAAAGUCCGCUAAUCUGAACUCGUCAUACUGGCCGAUAGUCAGGCCGACUAACGGGGCAUUCACUCUCUUCCUGGCUCUGCACACCUGUGACGUUGUACUGAGUGCAUAUGGUUUCAUGACUGAGGACUAACAAAUACUACACUACUAUUUUGAGAAAGGUGUUAAAACCAAGGUUGUUUUCUACAUAAACCACGACUAUUGCUGGAGAGAACAUGUGGAAAAACUUCACAACAGCAAAAUAAUUAGGCUAUACCAAAGACCGGACUCAGGGACAGAAAAGCCAAAAGCCAUACACUGGAGUAGAAGUAGAGAUUACAGCACCUACAAGUACAACUACUGCUGCUCCAGCCACAACAUUGGCCACCACAGCCGCCCCUACCAUGACUACUACUUCCACGGCAGCCCCCACCACGACGACAGUUACCACGGCACCCCCCACCACGACCGCAGCCACCACCACGACCGCUGA